AGUAAACACCGCCGCUGUUGGAGCAGUAGUGUUGUUGCUGUCCGGUGUCCACACUCAAAAUCUGUCCGAAAUGUCUGCUAUGAACAGAAAGGUGAUACAAACUCUGGCUGAAACUAUAUCAAAGCACGCGGAGCACUUCAAUAAAACAGAAGUGGAGUUCCUCAUCCGGGAGUUCAACGUGCUGCUGGGGGAGCAGACCGUCUCUGGAAGAGCAGUGCCCGGCCUGGACAGAGGGAAGUUCAGGAGCAUUCUGCACAACAUCUUCGGGAUGACCGACGACAUGAUCAUGGAUGGGGUUUUCAGGACAUUUGACAAAGACAACGACAGCUUUGUUAGUAUGAAAGAAUGGGUUGAGGGACUGUCUGUAUUCCUUCGAGGGACCUUGGAGGAACAAAUCAAAUACUGCUUUCAUGUGUAUGACUUGAACGGCGACAACUAUGUCUCCAGAGAGGAGAUGUUCCACAUGCUGAAGAACAGCCUCAUUAGACAGCCCACAGAGGAGGACCCUGACGAAGGAAUCAAAGAUCUGGUGGAGAUCACACUUAAGAAAAUGGACUAUGACCACGAUGGUAGACUAUCGUUUACUGACUUUGAAAAGUCAGUAAGAGAGGAGAAUCUAUUACUUGAGGCUUUUGGAACCUGCCUCCCUGACACUACGGUACGUUUAAAUCAAAGACUGACAAACUAUAAUAACUUAUUACUUUUUAUGACAGAUAUCCUUAAUCUAAUCCAUUUCUUUUUCUGUUUUCAGAGUAUUGAGUCAUUUGAGCAUCAUGUGUUUCAGGAACAACUUGAACAAUGAAGAGAAAUUGCAUUCAUGUGCAUUUUCAGAUAUCUAGUCUUU